AUGUACGGUCUGUCAGAAUAUUCCUCUACCUCCACAAGAUUCCUCUGCGAUUCCACUGCCACCCCUUCCUCUUCGCCUCCCCGCGCGGUCUGCCAACGAUUUCUCCACUCCCUCUGCAUCUCCCUCACACCACGCCACCUACACCUCCUCUCACCGCGUCGCCUCCACACCGUCAGCCCCUUCCCCUCGUUCCUCCCCACCUCCUCCGCCACCCAGCGCCGCCGCCUCCGCCUCCCCACAUCCCAGGGUCGGCUCUUCCAGGUGGAGUAUGCCAUGGAGGCCGUCAAGCAGGUCUACGCCUGUGUUGGCCUCCGAUCCCGCACCCACGCCGUCAUCGCCGCUCCCAACAAGGCCGCAUCCGAGCUCUCCUCCCACCAGCGCAAGGUCUUCCGCGUCGCCGACCACGCCGGGGUCGCGCUGGCGGGGCUCACCGCCGAUGGCCGCGUCCUCUCGCGGUUCCUCCGCAACGAGUGCAUUGACCACGCCUUCAUCUACGACGCGCCGCUCCCAGUCUCCAGGCUUGCGCUCCGACUCGCCGACAAGACGCAGGCAACAAAUCACAUCCAGCCACCAACCAGGGUGUGCGCUUUUCACCAGUGGAUCAAUGACUUCAUAUCCCCAAGGACCAGGAAUGGGUGGAUCAAAGGAAGAAGUGGGACAAGGAUGAGCUGAAUUGGAGGCGUGAGAAAGAAGCCUGCGCACAAGCAUGUAAGAAAGAAGCAUCAAGUGACGAGGAUUGACUCCAGUGCGAGUCCACUGUAGGCCGGCUAUUUACUUUUCCUAAGACGUGUGUACAUAUUAUGUUUACAUUUUG